GUUGGGCGCUGUGCGCCGUAUUUCCACCGUCAUCGGCACUGAAAUCGAACCAAAAUAAAACAGUUCUGAUUCGCGCGCACUGCGCUGUUGAGGUGGAAUUCGAUGUUUUGCCAGCAGAGCAACAAGAAACUAGUUCGCUCUCAAGUAGCUACCCGGGUUAUCACGUCUGUGCGCAUUUCCUCGGUUGCAUUGGUCCUCCAAACGGUACAGAAAACAAUUUUUCAGAGGUCACCGAAAUCGUCUUUGGGCGUUAAAAUCAACGGGAGUCGUUACCCAACGCCAUUUGGGGAGGAAUUCUUUCGCCAACCAAGUCUGUCUAAAUGAGCGCUACCAUGGGAUGCGUGGUAACUAAGGGCCGUGACGGUGGGGGAUCAACAGGUGCAGGUAGAAAUGAGGUUCCCGUGUUCGUUCAGACGGCUUCUGAGAACUACCCAGACCUGAGCCAGCACAACAACCACAUGGCCAAGUGUCUGACUCCAGAUAUCUACAAGCAACUGUUCGACCUCCGCACGUCGUUCGGCUGCGACCUGGACCGAUGCAUCCAGACGGGUGUGGACAAUCCGGGCCACCCAUUCAUCAUGACCGUGGGCAUGGUCGCCGGCGAUGAGGAGUGCUACGAAACCUUCGCCCCUUUCUUCGACCCCGUCAUCAGCGACCGGCACGGCGGUUACUCGCCCACGGAGAAGCACGUCACCGACCUCCACCCAGAGCACCUCGUCGGCGGCGAGCUGGACCCGAAGUACGUGGUGUCCAGCCGCGUGCGAACCGGCCGGAGCAUCCGCGGUUACGCCUUGCCCCCGCUGUGCACCCGUGCUGAACGGCGAGACGUGGAGAAGAUCAUGGUGGACGCUCUGGCCAGUCUGGGUGGCCCGCUGAAGGGCACGUACUACCCACUGGACAAGAUGACGGAGAAAGAGCAAGAGCAACUCAUCGAAGACCAUUUCCUCUUCGACAAGCCGGUCUCCCCGCUCCUGACCGCCGCGCGGAUGGCCCGCGACUGGCCAGACGCCCGCGGCAUCUGGCACAACGACCUAAAGAACUUCCUGGUCUGGAUCAACGAGGAGGACCACGUCCGUGUCAUCUCCAUGGAAAAGGGGGGCAACAUGCGAGCAGUGUUCUCCCGCUUCUGCGAGGGCCUGGGCAAAAUUGAGGCGUCGUUGAAGAGCAAGAACUACGAGUACAUGUGGAACGAGCACCUGGGCUUUGUUCUGACCUGUCCGUCCAACCUGGGCACCGGCGUCCGGGCCGGGGUCCACUUGAAGAUUCCGCUCCUCAGCAAGCACGAAAAGUUCGAUGAGAUCCUGUCCAAACUCCGUCUACAGAAACGGGGCACCGGUGGUGUGGACACGGCAUCCACCGACGGCACCUUUGACAUCUCCAAUCUGGACCGGCUGGGCACUUCGGAAGUUCGACAGGUGCAAAUGGUGGUAGACGGUGUGAACACCUUGGUAGCGAUGGAGAAAGCCCUGGAAGGGGGUGAGAGCAUCGAUGAUCUCAUGCCGGACAGCAAGACAGAUCCCGACCUAGCCGAGUACCCGGACCUCAGCAAGCAUAACAAUCACAUGGCCCACUGCCUGACCCCACGCAUAUGGAAGAAUCUGAAGGACAAGCAGACACCCAGCGGGUAUACGCUGCUGGACUGCAUCAAUACAGGCAUUCAGAACCCAGGUCAUCCCCAUAUUAUGACCGUCGGCGUUGUUGCCGGGGACGAAGAAUGUUACGAUGUCUUUGCUGAGUUGAUGGACCCGGUAAUCAGCGCUCGACACGGAGGCUACGACAAAGAUGCCAAGCACCUCACCAAUCUUAACUCUAAUGAUCUCCGAGGGGGUGACAACCUGGACCCCAAAUACGUCCUCUCAUCCCGGGUACGUACCGGCCGCAGCAUCCGCGGCUACGCCCUCCCACCACACUGCACGAAAGAGGAACGGGCCGCCAUCGAGAAGAUCGUCGUGGAUGCCCUGGCUGGCUUGGAGGGCCCCCUGAAAGGCACCUACUAUCCCCUGGAAGGUAUGUCAGAGGUGACUCAGGAGCAACUCAUCGCGGAUCACUUCCUCUUCGACAAGCCUGUGUCACCGCUGCUCACCGCUGCCAAGAUGGAUCGCGAUUGGCCCCAGGCUCGGGGGAUCUGGCAUAACGAGGAAAAGAACUUCCUGGUUUGGGUGAACGAGGAGGACCACACCCGCGUGAUUUCCAUGGAUAAGGGUGGCAACAUGAAGAAAGUCUUCACCCGAUUUUGUGAGGGGCUGCAGAAGGUGGAGGCCCUGAUAAAAGCUGCUGGCAAAGAGUUCAUGUGGAAUGAGCAUCUGGGCUACAUCUUGACCUGCCCCUCCAACCUGGGCACCGGCCUCCGCGGUGGGGUGCACGUCAAGCUCCCCCUAGUCAGUCAGGACCCGCGAUUUGAUAAGAUUCUCAAGGCUAUGCGUCUGCAGAAGAGGGGGACUGGCGGUGUAGACACAGCUUCGACUGACGGCAUCUUUGACAUUUCCAACUUGGAUCGUCUGGGGACCUCUGAGGUGGAGCAGGUGCAGUGUGUGGUUGACGGCGUUGAGCUAUUGAUAAAGAUGGAGAAGGCUCUCGAGAAGGGUAUAUCAAUCGAUGAUCUGCUUCCUGCCGCCUGUAAGCCUCGACCACCGACCAAAGUUAUGAGCAGCAACUACCCAGAUCUUUCUAAGCACAACAACUGGAUGGCCAAGUGCCUGACGCCCGCUAUCUAUGACAAGCUGAGCCAGCUGAAGACAAAGUCUGGCUUUACCCUCGAUGACUGCAUCCAGACUGGUGUGGACAACCCCGGCCAUCCCUUCAUCAUGACAGUCGGUAUGGUUGCCGGCGACGAGGAAUGCUACGAGCUCUUCGCGGACCUCUUCGAUCCGGUCAUCGACGCCCGUCACGGUGGCUACCCAAAGACUGCCAAGCACCCAACCGACCUGGACGCUACCAAGCUGAAGGGCGGCGACGACCUGGACCCGGCGUUCGUGCUGUCUAGCCGGGUUCGCACAGGGCGCUGCAUCCGCGGCAUCUCCCUCCCACCUCAUUGCACCCGGGCCGAGCGAGCCAUGGUGGAGAAAAUCUGCGUUGAUGCCCUGGAUGUACUCGACGGGCCGCUGAAGGGCACGUACUACCCCCUGACCGGCAUGACGGAAGAGACCCAAGAUAAGCUCAUCGCAGACCACUUCCUCUUCGACAAACCGGUUUCGCCGCUGCUGUUGGCUGCCAAUAUGGCUCGCGACUGGCCUCAGGCUAGAGGUAUCUGGCACAACAAUGAAAAGACCUUCUUGGUCUGGAUCAACGAAGAGGACCACACCCGCGUCAUCUCCAUGGAAAAGGGGGGUAACAUCAAGAGAGUCUUCGAGCGCUUCUGUGAGGGGCUGCAGAAGGUGGAGGCAGCCAUCAAGAGCAAAGGCCACGAGUUCAUGUGGAACGACCACCUUGGGUUCGUGCUGACCUGCCCGUCCAACCUCGGCACUGGUCUGCGCGCCGGCGUGCACGUCAAGAUCCCCCUGCUAAGCAGGCACGAGAAGUUCGACGCACUCCUGGAGAAGCUGCGGUUGCAAAAGCGGGGCACGGGCGGCGUGGACACGGCAUCCACCGAUGGCACCUUCGACAUCUCCAACGCCGAUCGCAUCGGUGUGUCUGAGGUUCAGCUGGUACAGAUGGUCGUCGAUGGUGUGGGUCUACUGGUCAAGAUGGAGAAGGCACUCAUGGCUGGCGAGGAGAUCGACGGUCUCUUUCCAAAGGGAGUUUAAUUUGCAACCGUCCCCUUCAACAUACCUUUCCUCUGUUUUAUUUUGUUCGUUCUUUUCGUUAAUUUUGUGUAGUUUUGUUUUCCAGGGAAUUUUGAUUUUGAAGAAACAUCCUUCGUAAGACAUUCAAAACAUGUUCAAAAUUAGUUUCAGACAACAAGAUAAAGUGACAAAAUUUCAAAGGUGCCAAAGAAGCUUAUUCAAACCACCAGACAAAGAGCGUGUGAAAUACACUUGUUAAAUUCCUCCCAUCUUCAAACAGGACAGUCCAACACGUCAUGGAAAAAAAUGCAACUGUUAUUCUUUGAAAUACUGAAAUAACCACAAGGAUGAGUCCACAAUGAGCUCACGAGUGCAAAAAACUUCAGGGAAGACACACAGUAAAUAAAACAGGAUUCACCGGCUCAUUCGUGAAAUUAAGCGUAUAUUUCGCAAAGUAAACAGCAAACAAUAUGUUUUAGAAUUCGAUAUUGUCAAAAAAGACAAUUCGGUUUUGUCAAAAAUAGACAAUUCAAGCCGAUAAGAACGUAGCGUUAGCCAUUCCCACAUGCAUGAAUAGAACAAAUUUAUGAUAACAUUUGCAUGAAGAACUUCUGAUCAUCUUUAAGUUUGUCAUUCUUUACAAUAGCUAUAAUAUAUCCACAGCUCGUUUUCCAUAACACUGUUUGCUCUAUGAUUAUUUAAAUACUGUUCUCAGCCAAUAAGGUUAAUGACAGUUUCAGGACCGAAAGCUGCAAAAAUACAAUCCAAUGCGUCACAUUUGAACGACAGGCUUAUGCCAAACCAACGACAGGGAUUUACAUAUUGAAAACUAUCACGCCUACUGAUUGCGCGUUUUGUUCUGGAUAGGUCUACGCUUUGAAAAUUAACUAAAAUUUGCAAAGUCUACAUCCAAAUUUGGUUCUUUUCGAAAGAUUUAUUUCUAUUAAACUUUCACUUGUUUGUGAA